GCAAUGCACAGUGGAAAGUAGACGUUGCUUUAUAAAUGCUGGACGUGUUACUCUCUUGCUUAUUACUCAUAUAGGUCUUGUCUUGGAAGAAAACAUGUUCUUUGAGAUUUUCCCAUUUGUCUUCCUGCUAUGCAGUGUAAGUGCAUCAGGACAAUUUGGUGACAUUAAUAAAGUUCUGACCACAGGAGCUUCAUGCCAAACAGCUAAACAAGACAAGCUGACAGUCUGUGGUGUCCAGGCUUCUGAGCGUAUGGCACAGACAGACCUAACAAGGAUGAACAGAUACAAGUCUAUAAUUGAAUCUGUGUCUCAGAAGAAGGGCAUGGAUGCAGCUGUAAUUGCUGGAAUCAUAUCUCGGGAAUCGCGCGCCGGAAGUGUUCUUAUAAAUGGGUGGGGUGACAACGGUAAUGCUUUUGGUCUCAUGCAGGUUGAUAAAAGGUUCCAUAAAAUUUCUGGGCUCUGGAACAGUGAAGAGCACCUUAUACAAGGCACAGAGAUUCUGAUCGGCAUGUUUCAAUCCAUCAAAAGAAAAUUUCCUACGUGGUCAAUAGAACAGCACCUGAAAGGUGCUAUUGCAGCAUAUAACGCUGGUCCAGGAAAUAUCAUCAACCUUGAUGUAGACAGUCGCACUACAGGAAAAGACUAUGCCAAUGAUGUUUUAGCUCGAGCAAAGUUUUUUAAAAGCAGGGGAUACUAAUUCACCUGAAUUUUUUUCUGCGUGCUUAAUUAUAGAUUCUCUAUAGAAAAGGAAAUUGCCUUUCUUCUCUCUACAAAUUUUGGAAUGGUUUUAUGCUUUAUCGAAGUCUUACAUUUCAUAUUAGAAUAAAGUAGAUUCUGUACAUAUUAAA